CCUACUUGUCCCUGCCCCUGCCCCUGCCCCUGUUGUCCCCGUUCGUCCACACACACGACAUCCUAUGAUGCGUGUCGUCCGAAGUCAGUGUUACUACAGUACUUGUGUAUAUGAUAGAGGGAAGCUGCCUAUGAUAAGGACCCCGUCGUCCUCCACCAUGACUCGCAGUUCUUCCACCUUUGUUGUCUAGAGGUAGCUUUCCUCCACCCUGAAUUCCGUGACAGCGUUCUGUUUGCUCCUUCCUCUCCUUUCGCCUGCCCGCGAAUUUCUGGCGCCUCCAGCUCGCGACGACAAGUGCACACGCAACCGCAUCGUUGGCUUGAGCCUAGAAGCCCACAUCCACUCGCGGCACCCACCUGCUCAUCCACUCACAUAGUCAACGAACUCCCUGACUCUCCGGCACCCGUCCGUCCGCCCGCCCUUCGACACAAAGUUCGACUUUCAUCGCCAAUCCCCCUUUUCCCUCCAAAUCACACAUACACUGCUGCAGCCAACCCUGCCAUCGUUCACCUCUACACAUCCCAUACCAAUCGACCAGACGUCAUGGAUUCUGCGCAGCAAAACAGUAGCGCAGCAGCAGGGGGAGGCAGCAGCUGGGGUGCCUUCCUCAAGUCCAUCGCUUCCUUCAACGGCGAUCUCGCCAGCCUCACGGCACCCCCCUUCAUUCUUUCUGGUACUAGUUUGACCGAGUUUAGCUCGUACUGGUGUGAGCACCCUCCUGUCUUCGCUGCUCCUGCCAAAGAGUCGGAUCCGGCAAAGAGAGCGCUCCUGGUCCUCAAGUGGUUCUUAACCACAUUGAAGCAACAGUAUGCCAGCCGAAGCGAGCAGUACGGAAACGAAAAGAAGCCUCUUAACCCCUUUUUGGGUGAGCUUUUUCUUGGCAAGUGGGAGGACGAGGCCGGCGUUACCGAGCUCAUCAGCGAGCAAGUGAGCCAUCAUCCACCCGCAACAGCCUACAACAUUACCAACCUUCCGACCGGCGUCCGACUUGAGGGUUACAACGCCCAAAAGGCCUCAUUUUCCAAGACAAUCAACAUCAAACAGAUUGGCCACGCUGUUUUGACGGUCCCGUCACCGACGUCGGACCAGCCCGACACCUUCCUUAUUACCCUCCCAUCUCUCCAUAUCGAGGGCUUGAUCUUCGGCUCUCCCUUUAUCGAGCUGGAUGGUGCUUCUUACAUCACUUCUUCUACUGGAUAUACCGCCAAGAUUGAUUACAGUGGCAAAGGUUGGCUGUCUGGCAAGAAGAACUCGUUUGUCGCCUCGCUGUACCCGACGGGCAAGGAGAAGGAGGUGCUUUACAAUGUUUCGGGCCAGUGGACAAAGUCUUUCGAAAUCCAUUCUGGUGCGGCCAAGCACAACAGUAAGAGCACCCUCGUCGACUCCUGGGAUCCCGAGAAACAGCAUCAUACUCCUCUCACCGUUGCACCGAUCGAAAAACAACACCCUCUGGAAUCUAGACGAGCCUGGUCGAAGGUCGCCAAUGCUAUUCUCAAAGGAGACCUUGAAGCUGUGGGACAAGAGAAGAGCAGGAUCGAAGUUGCACAACGCGAGGCGCGUGCUAGAGAAAAGGCCGAGGGGCGUAUGUGGCAACGACGAUAUUUCAGCGUCCACACAGAUGCGCCUGAUCGUGUAUUGGCCCUGCUUGGCCCUGCUAUUGGACUAGCUGAGCAUGGUGAUGCGGAUAAAACUGGUGGACUGUGGCGGUUUGACGCGACCAAAGCAGAGAAGGAACGUGAGCAACCGCAGCUUAGCGACGAGGAAGCCUCCAAGAUCGCCAAGGAGCUCUUAGGGCAGUAAGGUUUUGUGACAACUGCGAUCCUGGUGAUAUCAGGACAGGGCGCUUUCCAACCCUCUGGGGCGAGAAACCAUUGGAUUGUUAGUAAAAUAUAUAGGGUCAUGGGCAUUGAUAUUUCUAGUAUAUUUGCAACAAUUGUCUGUAGCUUUUCCUCCAGGGUUUUUCCCUCCUCUUUUCUUUUCUUUGUUGCUUUUUUUUUCUUUUUUUCCUUCUAACUUUUUCCUUAUAUUGAUCACUUGCAGCCGCAAACAGACUAUCCCAGCCUCGAAGAAGACGACGGAGAUAUGAACAAGUGAGCGUGAGGUCAUACAUAGAAGGUUGGUACUCGCAAUGGAUAAAAAUCUAUGUGGUUCACACCGAGUAUGUUACGAAACGCGUGCGUACGUCUCGAUGGGUACAAGUUCGCAACUCAUGCUCGAGCCCCGCGCUUUAUCUAUACACUUGAUGUUUCCUGAAUUGAUAGAGGCCAUGAUGGUAAUGAAUAGUCGCUCUGUUAUCUGCUUACCGCUCACUGGCGCAGUUGGUAUCCCGUGUCCUUAGGUUUGUGCGCUGAAUUCAAAUGAAAGGAGAAUCAGAUGUACAAACAAAAUAAACGACACACAAGAGCCACAUAGAGAUCCAGCGUUCAUUUUCAUCGAGGCAGUGCAAGUUUAUGAAUUCUCUCGUUCGAGUUCAUAGAACAGCAAGUAAACCUCUCGUUGCAUGCCCAGUACGUCGCGAGUACUUGCUUCUUUGACUUUGUCGUCACUGAUACGCCACCAUCGGCUGCUUGAUUUGUGCCGUUUGGAUUUCACAGGUGUCUUGGUGUGAGGUUUCGACCCGGUUAUGUCCGGGCUGCCAGCGCGAGAGGAUGGUUUUGAGGCAAUCUUGAUCAAGGUUGAGCGCGCAGAUGCGGCCGCAGAUCGAAGGCUGUUCGUGUCGGUAUCUCUUUCCCGAGACGUAGAUGUCGAUCUAGGCUCGUUCGCAGGUGUAAUACCGCCUUCUACUCCUGGUGUUGGAGCCUGUCCGGAUCCUGGUUGAAUGGCUUGUCCAGGAUUGAUAUUUGAAGGCGAACUGGUGUAUAUGUACGCCCCGGAAGGUUGAAAGGUACCGGGGUUAGAGAAGGGUGGGUAUAUGUUUUGUCGUCUAAAGGAUUCAUAGUGCCCGCUAUGGUGAUUACCCUUGUGCGUCACAACGCCAAGAAGCUUGUAUUUUCUCUGCUGCAGAAGGCCACCCAGGGGCAAUAGUUCCGGAAAUGUAACCUUCGCAAGAUUUUUCUGGGAGAAGUUGCUCAUGUCGUAUAUCGACCGCGACAGAUGGAUGGCCAAGAUCCUGGGAAAUCCUGUCAUACGGAUGUGUCGAGCUAUCUUCCGCUUGGGAGCAUAGCGAGGAUCCGGCAACUCGACACCCUUUGGUGCCUUCUCAGGAUCCGUUUCGAUAGCUAGCUCGAGACUGGCUAGAGCCGUGCGAGCUUUCUCCCUCGAGGACUCUGACGUUGACCGCUGAAUAUCUGCUUCGAGAACGGCCUUGGCAUGUAACAACCGGCACUUUUCACAUUUGAAAUCCUCGAUGUACUCGGUUUUGAACAUGCCGUCGAAGCAUGCGCUCAGAGUUGUUGUUGGGAUAUGUGGCACGUUCAGUGUUAGGGUGCAGAAGGUUGACUGAGUGGGCCUGGGUCUGAAACCACAAGUAAGGCAUUCAAUCUGAGAUUCAAAGCUUCCUUCAAACGGGAACCCUUCUUCUGCUCUUUCUUCAUCGGCGCCGUUCGGAACCGCGCUCGCGGCCGUUGCCGCCGGUUGGUCAGCGCCACUGACCUGCUCACUGGCCCUUAGAGGUAGAGGCCGAUCCAGAGCUUCACUGUCUGAUGUCUUGCUAUUGAGAGAUAUCUUAGUAGUUGGUUGCUCGGCUCCACGCAUAGCGUAGCUUCGCGCUCUCUGGCCAGCAUGAUACUCGUCGCAGAGCCUCUCGGCCACGACCUGAAGGAACUCCUGGGCGUCCUGUUGCUGUCUGCUGAUCCGCUGACCAAAGGCAAUCUCCAGUGUCCUGACAAACGGCGAGGCCGAGAUCGUCUUUUUGUAGAUUGGUCUCUCGUUCAGGGCGUCAAGGAUAUCCUUUAAGCCCUUGGUGACGAUACCCAUCUGAAGUCCUUCGGCUUUCCACUCGGGAACACCACCACGGACUUGCCAUUUGCUUGUCUCGUCGCCUUCGCCUUCGCCACCACUGCCCCAAACAUCGCUCGGGAUGGUCUGCGCAUACACCCAGCCACCGUCCAGGCAUCGACGAUGAGUCUCCCGGAUGAGGUAUAAACGGAGGUCCCCAAGGCCAGCGAGAGCCUGCAGAACUGAGUUGAUGAAGCAAUCGUUUGCCGGAUUGAUUAGGCCCACGGCACCAUUCCUCUUGAUCGAGAACACGCUGGUUGAGUUAGCCGAUGGAUCAUUAUCGAGAAAAUAGGUGGGACCAAAAACGUAGAUUAGCGUAAUGGCGGCGAGAGAGGCACCAGCUGCGUAGGCCGCCACUGUGAGUGUCUUGUCAGGCAUUAUUUUGUGCCGAACGUAGUCCUUUACUGCCUUGCGGCAAGCGGUGGUAGGCUUAAGGCGAUUUGUAAGUGCAGAUUCGAGAAGCUAUUGUCAUGCGUUAUACAGUAAGAAGUCGUGACCGGCCUGGGUGGGGCUAGU